GAAACCACCAGAAAAUGACCUGAUCCAGAAAUUAAUAGCACAGAUUGAAUACUACUUCUCAGAUGAAAACCUUGAGAAAGACGCCUUCCUCCUGAAGCAUGUGAGAAGAAAUAAGAUGGGUUAUGUCAGUGUUAAACUCCUCACUUCUUUUAAGAAGGUGAAACACCUUACCCGAGACUGGAGAACCACGGCCUACGCACUGAAGUACUCGGACACUCUCGAGCUCAACGAUGACAACAAAAAGGUGCGAAGAAAUACUCCAGUUCCACUGUUUCCAAUUGAAAAUGUCCCCACCAGGAUGCUACUGGUGUAUGACAUCCACAUGAUUUCUGAGCUGCAGGCUCUUAAUAAGCAACAAAAUGGAUGCAUGCAAGAAAGGAUAAUGGAGCAUCUCCUCAAAGCCUUUGUAAAUUUUGGUGUCAUUUCAUCAGUUCGUAUUCUCAAGCCUGGCAGAGACCUACCACCUGAUAUCAGGAGGGUCAGCAACCGGUACACCCAGCUGGGAACUCAGGAAUGUGCAAUUAUAGAAUUUGAAGAAGUAGAUGCUGCCAUACGUGCUCAUGAUUCAAUGUGCACUGAAAAGAAAGAGACUGGCAUGAAAGCUGUCCUCAUAGGAAUGAAACCACCAAAGAAAAAAGUUCCCAAAGACAAGAACCAUGAUAAAGGUCUUAAGAAGACUCGAUCGCUUAAUAAGAGAGUGGAGGAACUUCAGUUUGUUGGUGAUGAAUCUUCAGCAAACAGCUCUUCUGACCCAGAGAGCAAUCCUACAUCACCAUUGUCAGGGCGCAAAUGUACUGCAACAAAUAUUGUGAGUAAUUUGAGCCCAAACAUUCAUCCAAAUAACCAUUUGAGCCCUAAUGUGUCACCCAGAUCAAGCCCUCGGAACAGUCCAUCUUCACUAAGAAAAGUAACAAAAAAAUCUCCACUGGCUGAAGACAGUAAGCUUAACCCAAGCACUAGCCCUGAAAUUCCAAGGAAAUGUACAGAUUAUUCCUCAGAUAGCAGCAUCACCCCUUCCGGGAGCCCCUGGGUACAGAGAAGAAAAUCCCACACUCUCACACAAGAGAAGAGUUCCACCAGCAGUCCCAUGUUGGUUCAGAAAAUACAAAAUGCAGACGGUCUCCCUGUUGGGGUACUGAGGCUGCCUAAAGGUCCUGAUGGCACCAAGGGAUUCCACAAUUUUUGCGAAAGAAGGAAGGCUAUGAAGAAACAGGUGAGGUUGGAAGGCAUCUCUGGAGAUUGCCCAGUCCACCUCCUUGUCUCAAGCUACAAGAAGUCACUGAGUGGUUUGAGCAUUUGUCAAGACAGAGACUUCCCUGCCUGUCUGGAUGAUGUGUUUCCAUGUUCAACCACCCACACAGUACAAAAGUGUUUCUUUACAUUCAGGUGCAAUUUCUAUGUUCCAGUUUGUGCCCCUUUUCCUGUUACUGCGUAUCGCUGAGAAGUGCCUAGUUCUGUGUUCUUUACUGCUUCCUAUGAGGUAUUUAAAAAACUGAUGAGAUCUGCCCCCAGAGCCCUCUCUUCUCCAGUCUAACCAGUGCCUGCUCUCUAGGCCUCACAAGAGGGAUGUGCCAGCCUUUUAAUCAGCUGAAUCACUUCGCUAGAGCACUGCUCUUACCUGCAUCCAUUUCUUUAAUGUAUUAUUUUGAAAUGUCUAAACAUUCAAACAGACAUAUAAAUCAUUCAUGUAAGUACAUAAUUUGCAGAGCUAGGAUCCUGAAGAGCAGUGUGUAAAUACUUACAGUUUAGUGGCUGUAAUAUGAGAAGGGUGGUAUGUUACCAGUCUCAUCAUAGAGAGCUCAGGUUUUGAAGACUUUCUGUUUGCCUCAAAAAGGAAUUGAGGAAGUUGAGCCACAGUGAGUAUUUGUUCUCAUGUACAUUGCCAAAGCAGUAUUUUUUAGUAAGACCAGUGUGUAUUUUCAUAUGAUGUGAGUAAAGACUGAGCAUUGGAGACUGCUCUGUAAAUGUUCUCUUAUAUAAUCAGAUGGAAAUAAAAAAAAAUAUUAACUC